AGUCAUAACCGAAACACAGGCCUCAGCGUGCCAAAUUUGAAGGUAUUCGGUUGUUUUAGAAGAGAUUUAUUUGGCUCUUUUAAUUUAUUAAAAGACAUCAAGAAAAUUAUCAUGGUGUCAGUUAAAUAAGAGUAUUUUAUUUACCUGGAUAAGUGAUCGUUUAAUUAAAGGUGAGAACGGUGGAUCAACAAAACACAAAUAUUUCCGUUUAUAGAAAUAUCCGAAAAAUUAGCAUUGAUAAAAUUAAAAGUAAUUUAUUGUACACUAUAAACCGAAUGUGAAUAUUAUUUCAUGAGUUAAACAAUAUAAAUACUUUAAAAUAAUGAUUUCAUCCAACAGAAUUCAUUGUCUUUUAUUAUAAGCAACGAAUAUCUUUCUUUUAUAUCCAUAAUCUUCCUCUAUAUUUUUCUAUCAAUUUUAAUCUAAAAAACUUGAACAUUCAUAAGCAGUUUAAGAUGGAGCAACUGGCAGUAAGACCAUCUGCAAUUUAUUCACCUGUGAUUAGCAGCAUUAUUCCAGUUUCGGACAAGACACAAGAUGUUGAAAUAAUAUCGGUAGAAGCUGAUGAUAUGACAGGAACAGAUGACACAAUUGACAGUGACGGUUUCAAAACAGCUACUAAUGAUGGUUUGAAUCGAAAUGUUUUGAUAGGGCAAGCUGCAGUAGAUCAGCACAACAAUUCAGAUGUUCAAAUUAAUACUUUUGGUAAAUCAGCAAACGAGGUUCGCAAAGAACUGGCAUCACGAUGCUGUGUAACAACUCAUGAGGCCAAGAUGCAUCAACGAUCAGUCCCAACUUAUCGUUGCUAUGAUGAAAAUUUUAAAGAAAAACAAGAGAAAAAGGAUACUGAUUUAAUAAAUGAAAUGGCAAGAGCAGCAGCAGCUGCCGCUAGUGCAACUGUUGUCGCGUCUGAACCUAUUUUACAAUCUCAGAGGAAUCUUGAAGUGAAGUUGAUGGAAAUGACAGCCCGAAUAAAUGAAUUGCAAAGCUUAAAUGCGCCAGAAAAUACCAACAGGAUAAAACAUUUGGAAAAUCAACUUGAUGAAAUGUUAUCAAAACGUCUCAAUUUUGUUGAACAAUUGCAAAUUGAACAUAUAAAGUCUCAAAGGAAAUUUCAGCGUUUAGCAAAAGAAAACUCUGCGCCAACAAGCAUUGUUUACUGUCCAACAAAAGAACCACCAAGCACACCAAAGAAAAUGUCUCGAUCAGCUCAAGUUAGCAAAGAGUCCUUACUAUCAACCCCAUCUCCUAGAACUAGAGCUCCUAAACCUAUCAAAUUGGAUGAAAUAGAAAUGUUAAAAGCAGCGUCAAAUCAGAAUAAUAAUUCUAAAAUUGCAGAAUUGGCCAAAAAACACGAUACGUAUCAUGAUUUGAAACCAACUAGAGAAAAGUCAAGCACCGUUGCAAGAGCUUCUAGUAUUGUUGAUAAACUUCAGAAUUUGAAUGAUUCAAUUAAAGAGACUGCAUAUGAGCAUCAAGAAAGAAAUCCUGUAACUUUGAAGAAAACUUCACCAUUAGAUGCUUACUUUGUUCAGAGUGAAUACAUUCCAUCGAAAGGGGAUAUAAAAGUAUCUUCUUAUAAACCUUGUAAAAAACUUGAUGAUAUUAAAGAUAAACUUAAGAAUAUAUCUGACAGACGUAAUAGAAUAGAGCAUAAUUUUGAAACAUUAUUUAUUCGUCAAAAACCAAUUAUUGGCGAUUUAUCAGAAAGAAAUCAAGUUUCAAAACUUGUUGAUAAGAAUAUAGCCAAAAUAAAACCUCAAGUUGACCAAUACGUUGCUGAUCGAUUGCAGGGUGAUGGAAAAAAGAUAACUGGAAAAAACCAUCUUCAGAAGAACAUUAAUUUAGUUAAAGCAAAUAAACAAAAUGUAAAAAAAAAAUUAGGGAAGCCGGAAAAAGAAGCCUCAAAGAUUGACAAAUUGAACACUUUAAUUCAAGAGCUGAAUAAGGGACGAAACAAUGGAAGUGGUGAUGCUGAUAUUCAAAUGAAAUUUAAUAAAUUUACUCCUGGAUCUUCUGCCAUAGCCUUAGCGCCACCUCGAAAGAUUCCCAAUUUCGAUAUGGACUUUCAGCUAUCAACUAAGUUAUAUAUGGAAAACAAUCAAACAGUUUCGAAAGACCAGCAAAGAGAACAAGUUGAUCAAUGUCUUUCGCCAAUUGCUGCUAAACCUGUUGAGAGUGCAAUUGAUGAAGUUAGCUCAUCUGAAGCUAAUUAUUCUUCAGACUCUGAAACUUUAACGGAAAGCUCUGAGCAAGAUGAAUCAGAAGUGUCUGAAGAAGUCGAAGAAGCGCCUUUAAAUAUUGUCGGAUUUAAACGUCAAGAAGAAAAGAAAUCUGCAAAGAAAUCAGCUAUAAAAAUUGAAAAGAAAUCGGCAACCGAGAGCCCCAUUAUAGCGGAAAUGAGAAGGAAAGAGGAAAUGCAAAAGGAAAAGGAGAACUGGAUUGAAAAAGAAAUUAUGGUUAGGAUUCUUAGUGAAAUCCAAACGAAGAGAAGAGAAAAUGAAAAAGAAAAGCAAAGAUUAGCCAAUCAAUAUUACAAAAAGGGAGAAUCAUCUGAAGAGACAGUUAAAACGUUGGGAAAACCUGGUGUUCGUGUUUUCCUGGAUGCCGGUUGUCCAGUAGAUGACAGUCUAGUCCGUAAUUUAACCCGUGAUAUCAUUAGAGAUCAAUUACGAAAUUGCUUCGGGGAAUGUAAGCAACCGGCCAACGUUCCUGAUGACACCAGAGAAACAGAAUCCCUCCAGGUCCAGAAUAUACCGGUAACUCCAGUCGAGUCUUUAGAAAUCGGAGAAGAAAAAUCUGAAAGCUACGCUGACGAUUUUGAAGGUAUUCGCUCGGAAGUAACUACUCCAGUUUCAAGCCCUAGACCACAGAUACCAAAUUUUAAACAAACAAUAGACAUACCAAAAACACCUGAGAUAACUCCAAACGCUAGUUCUGAUGAAGCUAGCAUUCAGGAUUUAGAAGAAAAUGCUCCAGUAACUGUUGUUAAGAAUGUCGUCAGGAAUACGCAAUUGGAUAGUUUUGCAAAUAAUAUAUUAGAAUUAAAUAAGGAAAAAUUAGAACAUAUGGACGAAAAUGAGGAAAAACAACCAGAUCACGAAUUAUUUGACUUUGGUUCUGUUAUAACACCCAAAUCAACGCCACCAAUCUCACCAAGAAAAUUUAUGGAAACUCCAUCUCUAUCAGAGUCAAUAUCAGAAAUUGCCCCCGACUCUCCGGUCCUACAGCCAAGUGAAAAAGAUGCCUUAAUAGAGGAAUCCAAUGGGACAGAUAGUUACGAGGAAGUAUUAAAAGCUUCAGUUCAGAUACAAACUACACUCAAAAGUGAAGAAACUGUUUCUGAGAGAGAUAGAAAUGAAAAGGAUUAUGAAGAAGAAUCUGAGGAUCAGAGUAAUGAAGAAAUAACUGAAACAAUAGGGGAAUUGGUGAGCGAAGGGCAAUGGGUUUUAGAUAAGAGCGAAGGUGAAGUUGUAGAAGCAUCCUUAGGAAUGUCUUCCUUCCCUCAGCUUGAUAAAAGCUUAAAUGAUAUGGAACCAGAAGAAGCAAGUCGCAGUGAAGGCGAAUUUCUUCAUAAAGAGAUAGAUAUUCAAAGUGAAGCUAUAAUGCAUCUAAUGAAGCAGCAAAUUGCUUUUAAAAAUCUACCAUUUAUUAAGAAACUGGAAACACAGCAAAGUCUAGGCGAAAUUCUAGCUGAGAAAAAGUCUGUAGAAGAGCUCUCUGAAGAUCAUUUUGAAGCGGAAACUCCUGAGAAACCUUUAGAGAUGGAGGAAGAUAAAGAAAAUACAAAUGAUGACAUUCCAGAAAACACAUCGCCACCAAGAAUGGUAACUUCAACACCAAAACAAGUUAGAGUUGAACCUAGACGGCCAUCUCUUGGUAGAAUCAUGCCAACUGAUAAUCUUAGAAAUCGACAUCAGGGAAAGCAGCGAAGAUCAUUUGAUGAUGAAACAACGAAUUCAUUGGAAUUCGGUUUAAAAACUUUUACGUUGAAACAAGAGGAUAGUCGUCCACCUCGUGAUUCAAUAAAGAUACCUGAAGUGGCCAGUAUCAUAACUCAAAAGCCUUUAUUAAAUACUGUUGAAUUUCAUUCAACUGACGAACAAACACCAUUACCACCUGAAUCCAACAGCAAUUUGCAUUUGUCUGAUACUGCAAAAACUGAUCCUACUGAUAGUGAAAUGCCUGACGCCAUGAAUUUAGAAGAAUCAUCAGCUACAUCUUCACCAAGACGUCUCAAUAUUUUAGAAGGCCAAGAACUAUUCGGUACAGCUGACACAACUACUAUUGGGGGAAUAAGAUCUUCUUUAAGAAGUACAACAGAGCAAGAGUUACAAUUUUCCGAUACAAACUCAACAGAUCAACUUCGUCUAUAUAAAAAAACUUUAGAAGGUAAUGAGGAUUAUGAUGAUGAUUUGUUGAAUAGCGGAGGAUAUGAACCGUCCACUUAUCAACCAAUGAGAUCGCUAUCACCGCGAAAAUAG